GCCAGGGGGAGUGUGGGAGUCCCCACGCACACGCCACUUCAGAAGGGCAGGUCAGCAGGCAUUUACCUUCCUCUGGCCCCCUGUUUUUUAAUCGCAACAUUGAUUUUUUUUCCCCUAGCGAACGUUUCCCAGCCAUUAGCUUUAUCGCUGCAGUAUUAGACGGUCGGGUGGAUGCGAACACGCUGCGCUGCUGAUCAGGUAUAGUGAGUGAGUAAAACACGGAGAGAGAGACACAGAUAAAAGGUCUAUACACAAAACAGGGAUGGUGGACAAUUCCAGUAGCAGCAAGGCACAAACGCCCAUCUUAACUCAGGAUAGUGGCCUGGCAGGACCAUUUUCUCAGGCACCGCUUGGUAGUGUGGCUGGUGUUAAACUCGAAGCUGUUAUGGAGCAGCUUCAGAGGCAACAACAAGCUAAAUUGGACAUGGAGCGAAAGGAGCGACACCUCAGUGAUGCCCACAUCUUGUAUGCUCAGCAGAUUGCUGCUCAACAUGCUAUCAUGGCCUCUGCCCGGGCCCAGGGAAUGCAGUUAAAUCCAGAAUACUUUAAAGCUUUACGAGAACAAGCAUCAAAGUUGAGUCAAGUGCCUCAGAGCAGCAGGGUUUCCACCCAAAGCAGCGUGGAGUCAGCGCAUGACGAUGAAGACGAUGAGGAUGUUGACAGAGGAACAGCUUCUGCAGAAGAAGACGACGAUGAUGAUGACAUGGAUGAUGAAGGCAGUGAGGACAAUGAAAGCAUGGGUUUGGAGUUUCUCAGAAAGCAAAGUUUGGCUCUUCAGCAGCAAGGUGUCGGAAUUGCUCCUUACCCUUACCCCGUCUAUGCUGUCUCUCCAUCGGCUGCGAAAAAACGAGCUCUGUCACCUCCACCGAAAAUAAAGGACGAACCAAUGGACAGCCCAUCUCCAACUGAGCAGCACUCGUUAAAUACCCCAAAUGGUAUGGGUGACUGGAGCUUUGAUGAAUCAAUCAAACAGAAUGGAAAUGUGAGUUGGAAUGAAGAAAGUGAUGGAGGAAAAGCAAGAGGAGAGGCCUCAAGAGAUUUUGCCAAGCUUUAUGAACUGGACAAUGAUCCUAACCGGAAGGAUUUUCUGGAUGACCUUUUUACUUUCAUGCAGAAAAGAGGUACACCAGUAAACAGAAUUCCCAUCAUGGCUAAGCAGGUGUUGGACCUCUAUAAGCUUUUUAAGCUUGUAACUGAGAAGGGCGGUCUGGUGGAGGUAAUAAAUAAAAAAAUCUGGAGAGAGAUCACCAAAGGCCUAAACCUGCCAACCUCCAUUACCAGUGCAGCCUUCACUCUCCGCACACAGUAUAUGAAGUAUCUUUACCCAUACGAAUGUGAGAAGAAAGGGCUCAGCUCACCCGGAGAACUGCAGGCCGCCAUUGACAGUAACCGCAGAGAAGGUCGUCGGCCUGGAUACAGUAACAGCCUGUACCGCUUCUCUCCUUCCCCUAGUGGAGGUGCCCCGCACCUUCUCUCUCCUCCCAAAAUGCACCUGCCUACCUCUGGACAUAAUGGCCUGCAGAGCACACCUACUCCAGCCCUUAAGAAAGCGACAGUUCCUGAGGAGGGUCCAGCCUCCAUGUUACCUGGUAGACUGCCCUUUGCUCUGGCUUUGGGACACCAGCAGCAGCUGGCACGUGCUGCCACCUUGGAGCAGCUGCGAGAGAGGCUGGAGACUGGUAUGGGUGUUCCGUCUCUGGCCAUAGGAGCUGCUGCUGUAGAAGGACCUGAGAGAAAGAUGGCACGUAUAGCAGAGGAGCAGCACAGGCUGUUACAGCAAGCCCUCCAGCAGAACCUGCUAGCCAUGGCAUCACAAGUGAACCCUGCCAACCUGAGUCUCAACAACAAUAAAACCCGUGAGGAAAAGCAGGAUUUGUCACUCAGUAUCUCAUCAAAUGGAUCUGCCAGUAUUACAGUGUCUAUAGAGGUUAAUGGCAUCAUUUACUCAGGAUCCCUGUAUGCUCAGAAGUCACCUGGAACUUUGCCCAACUCUGCCCCAGUAACAUCUAUAGGCCAGAGCACCAUCAUCAACCCCUGCAUUCCCUCUUCCUCAAAGAGCUCUGGCUCUGGGGAACCUGCUGGCAGUGGAUCACCUUAGCUUCCAGCAGCUAAAUGGUCUUCCUCUCCUAGGUCGCCCUCUGGAGAGUCGCAGACCAUCCAGCGAUCCAGCGCUAUAUCAAAGCCAAGUCUACCUCCUUUUUAAGAUCCAUCAGGCUCAGUUCUGCUGAGACGAACCUCCACUAAACUGUUUUUGUUCUACCCUCUGGCGGACAGCCUCUACCUUUACCACUUUUCUGCUGCAGAGUCUCAGGACUUGGACGAUCAUGGGAAUGAUCAGAAUACAACAAUUACCUCAAAUAUAUUAAAGGAAAUGCUGUGAGCACAUUUCUGUGCUCUGUGUGCAUGUGUGUGUGUGUGAGUGUGUGCGCGUGCGCGUGUGUGUGUAAUAAUAAUACCGUAUGCCUUCCUCUAUGCACAUACAUCCAAAGAAUCAUCCACCUGCUUCCACAAUCAGGGCACAAAGUAUUCUGCCUAAAUCCUGCAGUGGGUGUUUGAUCAGCGGACACUUUGCAAUCAAUAUUAUUCUUUUUUUAAGCUUUAACCAUACGUUUGCAAACCAAUAGCAGAAAGUCCUCAGAUUCUUUCCAUUCUGGGAAGAAAGGAGUUCCUCUUUCUGUCCAUUUGGCUUUAUUUAAAAUGGACUAUUCCAUCAGAUGUUAUUUUGGUCAGCAAUGUUUUUUUCCCCAUUUUAUAUUUAGUGUAUUUACAUGAUUUAAUUGUGGAUCUGUUUGUUAUUUUUUUUAGUUUCUAGAUAUCCAGAAAUAUAAAAUUGAUUUUGAAAAGAGUUUUGGGUAUUGAUCUAAAAAGAGCUUUGAAUAACGUAACUAAUAUUUACGAAGCUGUAAGCAUUUUGUUUUACUUUUACAGACUACAGAGUGAAAAUAAUGUAUAGGAAUAAUCAUUUGGACAGUGUUGGACGAUCAGGCUCAAAUGUGAGCCCUUAUUCCUUUACUCAGUGACAGGAUUUAAAAAGUGUCUGGUAGAGCUUACUAAUUAAAGCAGAUAUUAGAAUGAUGAAUCAGUAUAAAAGAAGGAUCAGGGUAUUUCCUCAUAUAUAAACUCAUUUCUCAUUUGCUCACUACAUAUCAGUACUGCUGACCUUGGGCUAACGGAUCAAGCAGAAACACAUUCUCUCUUCAGACCUCAUGUCUUUUCAUAUUGGAAAGCAAGUUUCUCAGGAAUUGGUUGAUCUCAGCAUUUUUCAGCAUUAUCAUUCAAUUUAAGACACCUCACAUCUCAAGUCAGAUAUACCUCAGUAGAUAAGAUGUUAUUAGCUACCUCAAAAUGACUUUUUUACAGUAUAUGUCUCAGAAUCAACUUAUGAACCACUGAACAUAAAUGAGUUUUGUGAAUAACUUUUAGAAUGUUCUCAGGUUAGAAGUAAAUACCUCAAAAAUAUUAUUCUUACAGUGCUAUGAUGAGUUAUUGAUGUGCACAUUCUUUAUCAAUUUUUGCUUUUUAUUGUUCUGACAAUUACACAGCUGACCACCAAAGAUUACCACAACUGUGUUUCUACUGUGCUUUAUUAUUCACUUUAUUUACACAUAGAACCUGACAAAGUGAAAUUAAAGUUCAUGCAACCUCA